AUCUCUUCUUUCUCACACACACACGCAAAUACAGAGACAGAGAGAACUACAACAAUGGAUGCCAUUGAAGUCCAAUAUCCGAUGAACGGUGGUCAUGGCCCAUAUAGCUAUGUUCAGAAUUCCAGCUAUCAGAAAGGGGUGGUAGAUGCAGCAAGGGAUGUGAUCUUUCAAGUAGUUGCAGAGAAGCUCGACCUAGGAAACCCUUGUUUUGAUUCUUCAAACCCAUUUCGGAUUGCAGACCUUGGCUGUUCUACAGGACCAAACACCUUCUUUGCAAUGCAAAACGUAGUCGAAGCAGUGAAACUCAAAUACCAGUCCAUCCCUCAAACCUCCCCGGAGUUCCUUGUUUUCUUCAAUGACCACACAGACAAUGACUUUAACGUUCUCUUCAGAUCCCUCCCUCAUAACACCGGGGCAUCUCCGGGUUACUUCGCUGCUGGAGUGCCCGGUUCCUUGUUGUUUCCAAAGAACACUUUCCAUUUUCUUCACUCCUCCUAUGCCCUGCAGUGGCUCUCCAAGGUUCCCAAGGAAGUCCUGGAUAGAGACUCUCCUGCUUGGAACAAAGGCAAAAUUCACUACACAGGCAGUGAUGAGCAUGUGACAAAGGCAUUUUUUGGCCAGUUUCAGAAGGACAUGGAUGGGUUCUUGAAAGCUCGAGCCCAGGAAAUGGUUGGGGGAGGCUUGAUGCUGAUUCAGUUGCCUGGUAUUAGGAAUGGAGGCCUUUUCUCUCAGACUGGUGCUGGUAUGAUCCAUUUCAUCUUGGGAUCUUGCCUUGUUGAGAUGGCUAAAAUGGGGUAUACAACUGAAGAAAAAGUGGACACCUUCAACGUGCCUCAGUACCAUCCAUUAAUUGAGGAUCUAGAAAUGGUGGUAGACAUGAAUAAGUGUUUUACCAUAGAGAAGGCCGGCGUGUUAUUCACUUUGAGGACCGAGUCAUUUCUAUAUUUUCACUUUUUGGACACUAUUCACUUUUUGUCCUUUUCCCUAUUUCGUUCUUUUCCCUAUUCUGUCUUUUCCCUAUUUGUUAGUUUUUGGCACAACCUCAAUUUUUAUGCUUGGAGUUGGUUUUUGACUUCACGUGCCUUCAUCCUAAGUGAUUUUCAUGAAAUACGUAUCUUUACUUUUGCAAGAAAAUACUCUGGUUGCUCUCGGUGUUCAUAGGGGUAUGGAUGCACAAUUCUUCAGAAUCUUUUUCUUUUCUUGGGGUGUUUUUUAUAAAUAUCUUUUGAAGAUAUUUUAUUUUAGGGGUAUCUAAGAAAAUAUCUUUUGGAAGAUAUUUUAAUUUUGGGCAGUUUCACAGUUAACCGUUUUUGUAGGGGCCAUUGUGCAAUUAACGAAAGUUAUUGCAAAAUGCCUCAUCUGGAGCCUGUAUCCUUGUACGGGAUUCAUUUUCACAUUUUGUUGAGUUGUGUACUCCUAGAAUUUCUUUCUGGUCGUUUUUCUCCAGUUUCAGAGUUUUUGACCCUGCUGAACUUAUUCAGGGAAUAUCUCUCUGCUUGGGUCACAGUUUUUGACGCCGUUUAUUUCGUUGUUCAUAUUUUCUCAUUUUGAAUCUUUUUUGUUCACAGAGUUUUGCUGUUUGAGCGUGUCUGCUCAAAUUCCAUUUUUCUAGACCAGCGGGGCACUUUUUGAGAUUUCUAUAAAUAGGUUGCCCUAAUUUUUUAAAAUCAGAUUUUUAGACCUUCUUCCUCCUCUUGGCCGGCAGCCAUGGGAGCCCAAGGGGCUGCCUUCACUCUUUCUUCUCCUCCACUUGAUUUCAUUGGUAGAAAACCCUUCGGCCUUAACGUUUAUUGUUCGCCUUGACGCUGCGCACCUUUCCCCCUUAUUAGAACCCAUUUUUGGCCAAAUUUUGAGUUCGGGUUUGAAGUCAAGUUGUGAUUUUCAUGGGGCUUCUUGGGUAUUCUUGUUCAUUGUGUUGUCCCCGACAAAACCCUUCGAUAUCGUCGGAUUCGGAGCAUUUUUCUUUCGGUGGGAAUUUGAGAUUUUCAUCUCAAAUUGAGAUAGGGGGUAUUAUCGGUUAUUAUUCUUGUCAUAUUGCAUGCUAGUGAUGUUUAUGUAACUUAUUUACAUGCUUUGGUAAUAAAUUUAGAGAUUUUAUUAUUCAUUUUUCUUGUAAAGGAUUUGAUUUUCCCGGUUGAUUAUAACUUUGUUUAAACA